AUAUCACUGUCAUCCUCAGAGGCAUAAAAGAACUCAUAUUGGAGAAAAAGCAAAGGAAGACAUUCAAUAUGGUGAAGCCAUUGCACAUCACAGUAGUCUCCAAAUACAUAAAAGCACACACACUGAGCAAAUAACCCAUGAAGAUAACCAAUGUGGUAGAACUGGUGCAACUCAAGGUCAUCUUCAGAGAGAUGAAAGAAAUCAUAUUGGAAAGAAACCAUAUGAAUGUAAUCAGUGUGUUGAUGCCAUUGCAUGUCAGAGUCACCUUCAAAGGCACGAAAGAAAUUUUACAAGAGAGAAAUCUUAUGAAUGUAGGCAAUAGUAAAGACUUUGCAGAUCACAGUUCUCUUCAAAGGCAUAAAGUAAUUCAUACAGGAGGGAAACCUUAUGAAUGUAAUCAAUGUGGUAAAGCCUUUGCAUGGCCCUGUCGUCUUCAAGUGCAUGAAAGAAUUCAUACCGGAGAGAAACCUUAUGCAUGUAAUCAAUGCGGUAAAGCCUUUGUACAGCACAGUCUUCUUCAAGUGCAUGAAAGAAUUCAUACCGGAGAGAAACCUUACGAAUGUAAUCAAUGUGGUAAAGCCUUUGCAUGUCACAGGAAUCUUAAAAUGCAUAAAAGAAUUCAUACAGGAGAGAAACCUUAUGAAUGUAAUCAAUGUGGUAAAGGCUUUGCAUGUCACAGGACCCUUAAAAUGCAUGAAAGAAUUCAUACUGGAGAGAAACUUUAUGAAUGUAAUCAAUGUGGUAAAGGCUUUGCACUGCACAGUAAUCUUCAAAGGCAUGAAAGAAUUCAUACAGGAGAGAAACCUUAUGAAUGUAAUCAAUGUGGUAAAGCCUUUGCACAGCACAGUAAUCUUCAAAGGCAUGAAAGAAUUCAUACAGGAAAGAAAUCUUAUGAAUGUAACCAAUGUGGUAAAGCCUUUGCAUGGCACUGUUCUCUUCAAAUGCAUGAAAGAAUUCAUACUGGAGAGAAACUUUAUGAAUGUAAUCAAUGUGGUAAAGCCUUUGCAAGGCACAGUCUUCUUCAAGUUCAUGAAAGAGUUCAUACAGGAGAGAAACCUUAUAAAUGUAAUCAGUGUGGUAAAGCCUUUGCAUGUCACAGGAACCUUAAAAUGCAUAAAAGAAUUCAUACAGGAGAGAAACCUUAUGAAUGUAAUCAAUGUGGUAAAACCUUUGCAUGGCACUGUUCUCUUCAAAUGCAUGAAAGAUUUCAUACUGGAGAGAAAUUUUAUGAAUGCAAUCAAUGUGGUAAAGGCUUUGCACGGCACAGUAAUCUUCAAAGACAUGAAAGAAUUCAUACAGGAGAGAAACCUUAUGAAUGUAAUCAAUGUGGUAAAGCCUUUGCACGGCACAGUAAUCUUCAAAGGCAUGAAAGACUUCAUACAGGAAAGAAACCUUAUGAAUGUAAUCAAUGUGGUAAAGCCUUUGCACGGCACAGUCAUCUUCAAAUGCAUGAAAGAAUUCAUACAGGAGAGAAACCUUAUGAAUGUAAUCAAUGUGGUAAAGCCUUUGCACGGCACAGUCAUCUUCAAAGCCAUGAGAGAAUUCAUACAGGAGAGAAACCUUAUGAAUGUAAUCAAUGUGGUAAAGCCUUUGCACGGCACAGUCAUCUUCAAAGCCAUGAGAGAAUUCAUACAGGAGAGAAACCUUAUGAAUGUAAUCAAUGUGGUAAAGCCUUUGCACGGCACAGUCAUCUUCAAAUCCAUAAAAGAACUCAUACAGGAGAGAAAAAACCUUAUGAAUGUAAUCAAUGUGGUAAAGCCUUCACAUGGCACAGUCAUCUUCAAAGCCAUGAGAGAAUCCAUACAGGAGAGAAACCUUAUGAAUGUAAUCAAUGUGGUAAAGCCUUUGCACGGCACAGUCAUCUUCAAUGCCAUGAGAGAAUUCAUACAGGAGAGAAAGUUUAUGAAUGUAAUCAAUGUGGUAAAGCCUUUACAUGGCACAGGUCUCUUCAUAUGCAUAAAAGAAUGCAUACAGGAGAGAAACCUUUUGAAUGUAAUCAAUGUGGUAAAGCCUUUGCACGGCACAGUCAUCUUCAAAGCCAUGAGAGAAUCCAUACAGGAGAGAAACCUUAUGAAUGUAAACAAUGUGGUAAAGCCUUUGCACGGCACAGUCAUCUUCAACGCCAUGAGAGAAUCCAUACAGGAGAGAAACCUUAUGAAUGUAAUCAAUGUGGUAAAGCCUUUGCACGGCACAGUCAUCUUCGAAGCCAUGAGAGAAUUCAUACAGGAGAGAAACCUUAUGAAUGUAAACAAUGUGGUAAAGCCUUUGCACGGCACAGUCAUCUUCAACGCCAUGAGAGAAUCCAUACAGGAGAGAAACUUUAUGAAUGUAAUCAAUGUGGUAAAGCCUUUGCACGGCACAGUCAUCUUCAAAUCCAUAAAACAACUCAUACAGGAGAGAAAAGAAUUCACACAGGAGAGAAACCUUAUGAAUGUAAUCAAUGUGGUAAAGCCUUUGCAUGGCACAGGUCUCUUCAAAGGCAUGAAAGAAUCCAUACAGGAGAGAAACCUUACGAAUGUAAUCAAUGUGGUAAAGCCUUUGCACGGCACAGUCAUCUUCAAAGCCAUGAGAGAAUCCAUACAGAAGAGAAACCUUAUGAAUGUAAUCAAUGUGGUAAAGCCUUUGCACGGCACAGUCAUCUUCAAUGCCAUGAGAGAAUUCAUACAGGAGAGAAACCUUAUGAAUGUAAUCAAUGUGGUAAAGCCUUUACAUGGCCCAGGUCUCUUCAUAUGCAUAAAAGAAUGCAUACAGGAGAGAAACCUUUUGAAUGUAAUCAAUGUGGUAAAGCCUUUGCACGGCACAGUCAUCUUCAAAGCCAUGAGAGAAUCCAUACAGGAGAGAAACCUUAUGAAUGUAAACAAUGUGGUAAAGCCUUUGCACGGCACAGUCAUCUUCAACGCCAUGAGAGAAUUCAUACAGGAGAGAAACCACAUAAAAGAGCACACACAAGAGAGAGGCCCUGUAUAUGUAACCAAUGUGGUAAAGCCUUUGCACGUAACAGUCAUCUCCUAGUACAUAAAAGAACACAUACUGGAGACAAGCCCUAUGAAUGUAACCAAUGUGGUAAAGCCUUUCCCUAUCACAGUAGUCUCCGAAAACAUAAAAGAGCACAUGCUGGAGAGAAACACUAUGAAUGUAACCAGUGUGGUAAAGCCUUUGCAUUUCAGAGUAUUCUUCUGUGUCAUAAAAGAACACACACUGGAGAGAAACCCUUUCAAUGUAACCAAUGUGGUAAAACCUUUGCAUUUCACAGUAGUCUUCUAUAUCAUGAAAGAAUACAUACUGGAGAGAAACCCUAUGAGUGUAACCAGUGUGGUAAAGCUUUUUCCUGUCACAGUAGCCUCAAAACACAUACAAGAACACAUACUGGAGACAAGCCCUAUGAAUGUAACCAAUGUGGUAAAGCCUUUGCAUAUCAUAGUAGUCUCCGAAAACAUUAAAAAAUGCAUGCUGGAGAGAAACCCUAUGAAUGUAACCAAUGUGGUAAAGCCUUUGCAUUUCAGAGUAUUCUUCUGUGUCAUAAAAAAACACACACUGCAGAGAAACUCUAUAAAUGUAACCAAUGUGGUAAAGCUUUUGCACGUAACAGUAAUCUCCUAGUACAUAAAAGGAUACAUACUGGAGAGAAACCUUAUGAAUGUAAUCAAUGUGGCAAAGCUUUUGCACGUAACAGUAAUCUCCUAGUACAUAAAAGAACACAUACUGGAGAGAAACCCUAUGAAUGUAACCAAUGUGGUAAAGCCUUUGCACAUGACAGUUAUUUCCUAAUACAUAAAAGAACACAUACUGGAGAGAAACCCUAUGAAUGUAACCAGUGUGGUAAAGCCUUUGCAUGUUACAGUAAUCUCCGAAGUCAUAAAAGAACACACACUGGAUAG